AUGUUCAAAUCUUUACCACCUGAUGUCUUAAACUAUCGUGAUGAAAAAUUUUAUCAAUUAGUUAAAGAAAAAUGUGGUGAUGAUAUUGUUGAAUUUAUGAAAGUAUUAGAUAUUUCAUCGGUACAGUCAUUGUUAGGAGUAGAAAAUAGAUUUAGUUAUUUAGAAUUUAACUCAGAAAAAUUAAAUGUCUUAAAAAAUAAAUUAGCUUUCCAACAUGAUAAUGGUUUAGUUGAAAUUAAAUGGGGUAUUCGAAGCUCAUUAGAAUGUUUAAUUCGAGAUUUACAAACAGUGACUGAUGAUAAUCAAUACGUAACAGAAUCAACAUUAUUAAAUGAUGAUGUAAUUCUCUCAUCUAAUUUUCUUCAAAGGCAUCCUAUAUUAAAAUCUUUGAUUAAUCUAUAUCAAACAAUAGACGAUCAACACGAUGAAAAUAAUUCUGAAGAUACUUCUUUUUUAGCUCUUUUUCUUGACAACAUUGCCAACAAUUUAUCUGAUUCAAAAAAUGCAUAUCGUUAUAAUGAACCUGUGCUCCGAUUCGCAUUAUCGUUCCAUGUAUUAAGUGGAAAAACAGGGUAUGAAUUUGUUCGAAUGAACCUAC